AUGGUCGUCCUCGCAGCGUCGAUAUGCACUCGCGGAGGCAAAGCGGUCCUCUCGCGCCAAUUUCACGAAAUCGCCCGGUCGCGCAUUGAGGCUCUGCUCGCCUCGUUCCCUAAACUUGCAGAUUCUGGAACUCAACACACCACUGUCGAGCAAGACAACGUCCGCUUCGUGUACCAGCCAUUGGACGAACUGUACAUUGUUUUGAUCACCAACCGCCAGUCCAACAUUCUCCAAGAUAUCGACAGCUUGCACCUGUUUGCUCAGGUGACCACCAGCAUCUGCAAAAGCCUGGACGAGCGGGAGAUUACUCGCAAUGCCUUCGAGCUGCUGAGCGCAUUUGACGAGUUGGUAACGUUGGGAUACCGGGAGAACCUGUCUCUGUCUCAGAUCAAGACUUUCCUGGAGAUGGAAAGUCACGAGGAGAGAAUCCAGGAGAUCAUUGAGCGGCGCAAGAGGAAGGCGAAGCAACUGGAAAUGCAGCGCAAGGAAGCUGCUCGAACCGGCCGCGUUGCUGCUCCUCGCACACCAUCCUACCCCGUCUACACACCCCCGGCACGCCCCUCGAUACCCGAUACCUACGAUUCAUACGAAGCGGAGAAGAAGAAGACGUUCGCCAAGCCCAUUCCUACUCGCGGCAAGGGCAUGCAACUGGGCAAGAAGUCGAAGGCAACCGAUAUCUACGAGAAGGUCCGGGGCGACUUGGGCCCUGAGCUUGAGGAAUCCAGCCCGCUGGUUACAGAGACUUCGACCCCAGUGCAAGAAAUUGCCUCUGCCCGGCAAUCCCUGACCUCAGACCGUGACCCGGUCCAGGUAACGAUCGCCGAAACCAUCUCCGCCACACUCACUCGCGAGGGGGCCUUGAAAUCGUUCGAAGUUAAGGGGGACCUUCAACUUCGCAUCACCGACCCUGCCUUUACCAAGCUACGCCUUGACCUCCAAGCCGUUCCUACCCACGGUGCCCAGUUCCGUACUCACCCCAAUGUCGACAAAGCUCUUUUCACUAGCACCUCGGCCAUCCAGCUUAAGGAUACCUCCAAGCGCUUCCCGGCUAAUAACGCCAUUGGUGUCCUGAGGUGGCGUGUUGCCAGCUCGGCUGACAAUGCCGACAUUCUCCCCAUUACUUUCACCGUCUGGGUGAACAAGGGCUCCGACUCGACGACUGUCACAGUGGAGUACGAGCUCACCGGUUCAGACAGCCUGCGCGAUGUCGUUGUCACCAUUCCUUAUGGCUCAGAAGAACCUGCGGUAUCCAGCUUUGAUGCUGUGUACGAGGUGUCUGGCGAUAGCAUUGACUGGAACCUGGGCGCCGUGGAUGAGUCAAACCCCUCUGGCAGCUUCGAGUUUGAGUCAACCGACGGCGAUGAGGACCAGUUCUUCCCGAUGAAUGUGCGAUUCACCAAGACGCAACCUUUCGUUGAUGUCGAUGUUCUGAGUGCCUCGCUACUGGAGAUGGACGGUGAAGGCACCUCUUUCUCCAAGGACGUUCGCAGCGUUGCCGAGAACUACCUCAUCGAGUAG